CAGAUAAUUCAAGUGACGCCUGUUGAUUACUUGGCGCGCGACACGCGCAGCCGACGCAGAAUUCAAUAUAUUGUUGCCAGUUGUGUUCGUAUCGAACGCGACUUCGCGUCGGCAUGCAUCUUCUAACUGUGCGCAGUCGUGCUGCGAUUUAUAUUUGCGCUGUCGCACCACUUGCAUAGCGAAUUGCAUUAAUUCGGGAACUGGAACGUAUGCACUACCAGUGGCGGGUUGUUUUUCAAUCGCAGGAUUUCUUGAGGGUCGACAUCAACCAGCUCUCUAAUACUCCACUACCGCGUAGGCGCAAUGGCGGAUCUUACUCCUGGCUGGUCGCAUUGAAAUACUGCAUCAUCAUCUUCUCCGCGGUGCCGCAGCUGUCGUCCAGCUCGGCGGAUCAGCUGUUCGAGUAUGUGUUUUUCUCUCCGGUAAUUUAUUGCAUCCUCUGCUAUAAGGCGCUGCAGAAGCUCAGGACUGGGGGGGGGGGCCAGGACCGUGCUGGGGGCCCGCCUCCUCUGGGUCAGGCUUUGGCUGACCGCCGGGAGGAGGAGACCCUCGACGCCAUGCUCUUCCAGGACAUGAUCUGGCACGUGGUGAUCGAUAUGAUCGACAUCCAGAUAAUGAUGAGGCUCACGACCACCGGCACUCUGGAGAGUUCUUCCUCUGGCGCCGAGCGGGGCCUCGACUCGGAGAUGGCGAUCAUCGCCGAGAGGUAUCCAGAGAGGGCCGAGAUGAUCAAGACGGUGGCGGGGGUGUUCGUCUUCUUGGGGCUUUUUUUUCACCAGCAGUCCUUCCCAAGCGUGGCGUACUCCAGCAGCUCCGCUGGCGCUGACCACUGGCGCAAGCGCCAGCCCGCCAGCGCGACGCCCGCGCGGACCACGCAACACUCUGGGUCUUCCUCGCUCGGGAGGCUCACUUCGGUGAUCUUGAGGCCCACGAUGAUCAUGAAGCAGUUGGGAGGGAGGACCAGCGUCGCUGAGAGCGAGCUCAGCGUCCAGACGUCCAGCACUGCGGGGGGGUCCGACGCCGCGAGGGCGGCGGCGGAGGAGAAGGCGCACCACAGGCGCCACAGGGGACACGCGUACAAGGUGGACGUGGUCAAGGCGCGGAAGCGUUCGGCCAUCGUGUCGAUCUUGUUGGUCGACGUCCCCUUCUUCGCCGUCAGGACUUCCGUAUACAGCAUCGUUUUGUUGUCUCCGCGGAGUGAAGAGGCUUUGCAGAGCACUACUGUCGUGGUGAUUGACGGCAACGCCACCGUUCCCGAAGACGAUAACACCACAGUCCUGGAAGACAACACUACGACCACGACAACCACCGCAGCCUCGGCGGAUGUGCAGCAGGAGACCUGGAAGGUUCGGUCGUCUCGAUUGCCAUCGCCAGACAUAUGGUGGGUUAAGAAUUUGGUGUUCAUUGUCCUCCAGGCGAUGCAGCUUCGCUUCGUGCAGCAGGCCGAUCUCGAGAGGUCGCGGGACCUUGUCCUGCUGACCAAGAGCGCCGUCGGAGCGGGAGGAAAGCGCUACAGGAUGAAGAGGACCCACGACGAGUCGUUGAAGAAGGUCUGGCUGAGCAUCGACCAGGAGCGGACGGAGUCCCAGGGCGCCUUGCAGCCCCGCGAGCCGGAGGCCUUGGGCGCGUCCCCGGAGCCGUCCCCGACCGCCGCCGCCCAGGCGGACCUGCCGCUCUCCGAGUUCCCUGGCCGGCGCGGCUCCGCACUCGCCCGCGGCACGGUCGGCGCCUUCGCCCCGGACGCCGACCUGAGGAGAGGGAGGAGCGAGCGCGCUGCCGCUGCUCUGGGCACGGGGCGGGCCACCGGGCUGGCCGUCAGGCGGGCCGUGGGGCGGGCAGCCGGCCAUGCCGUGGGGCUGGCAGUCGGGCUGGCCGCGGGGCUGGUCGCCAGGCUGGCCGUGGGGCCGGCCGCGGGGCUGGCAGUCGGGCUGGCCUCGGGGCUAGCGGUUGGGCUGGCCGUCCGGCUGGCCGCCAGGCUGGCCGUGGGCCUGGCAGUCGGGCUGGCCGGGGGGCUGGCCGCCGGGCUGUCCGUGGGGCUGGCCGUCAGGCUGGCCGCGGGGCUGGCCGUGGGGCUGGCAGUUGGGCUGGCCAGGGGGCGGGUCGCCAGGCUGGCCGAGGGGCGGGCCGAGGGGCGGGCCGCGAGCCGCAGCGGCGGCGCCGGCCACCGCGCACCGCCGCCGCCAGAGGAGCCGGCAGCGGCGGCGGCGGCCGCGGCGCUGGCGCGGGGGGCCAGCGGCGGCGGCCGCAGCGGUGGGGCGGCGGCGGCGGCAGCGGCGGUUGUGGCGCCGCCGCCGCCCCCCGGCCACCGCGCCCUCAGCGAGGGGCAGGCAGCGGCGGCGGCGGCAGCGGCAGCGGCGGGGCAAGCGACCAGCGCGGUGCCAGCCGCGCCCGCGGCACCACUGGCGCCGGCGGCGCAGGCGGCGCCCGCGGGGGCCCACCGCCGGCCGCCCAGCCCAGGCCAAGCGGCCGGCCGCGGGCAGCAGCAGCAGGGUGGCGCCAGCGCCGAGGCCAACGCGGCAGGCAAGCCGAAGCUCCGGCCCAUGGCCACGAUCAUGUCGGUGGGCAGCACCUACACGAGGUCGACGACGGGCUUGAGUUUUUCCCGGAGCAGCAGACCUGCGGACCUGGACGAUCUCGACGACCAGGACGAAGAGCAGGAGGUGCGCUGCGCUUCCGCGAGAAGACUCGCUGGGAGGAUCUGCUGUUGCUGCCAAAGGCGGAGCCAGGGCGGCGCCCGGUGCUUCUGCUUCACCUGCGACUGCAGCCUCUGGGCGCCCCGGACAGCCUGCGAGCCAUGGUGCCUGGCGGCGGCGGUGCCUGAGAUGGCCGGGCUCUGGAUCAACUUGGAGCCCGACUCCGACGCCCUGGAGCGGGUGGCGCUGCGGCCGGGCACGCUGCUGCAGGUGGGCGUGCUCGACGACUCAUGGGCCAGCCAGGGGUCCGAGCUCGUCUGCAACGGGCGCGCCUGGCGGCCCACGGGCGGCGGAGUGCUGGUGGAAGUUCAGCAUAUCGCCGCGUCGGACGCAUGCUUCGAGUGGUACGCCUCGGCGGUCGGCGAGGCGAGUGCUCGGGGGGCCAACACGCUGCUGCACAUCUGCGCCGUGGCAGCGCGGGAGUGCCGCGUUGUCGGACAGGACGGGUACCCGCUCGAGCACGUCAACUUGGCGCGCGAGGUGACCGAGGACGAGGCGAGCGCUCUCUGCGUGCAGUGGGGCAGCGACGGGGCCCUCGAGCGGGCUCGCCUCGCGAUGGCUCAGCGCGCCGAUGGAGGUGCAGAAGGCGAUCGAGGCGAGGGGGCUGCUGUGCCCGAGCCCGAGGGCAUGGGCGACGAGGACGAGGACGACGGCGAGCACCUCGAGCCAGGGCCCGAGGAGCUCGCAGGCCCGACGUUGCUGGCCAGCCGCGCGAGGGUGGGCGGGCCGGUGCGCGCGCGGGGGCAGAGGCGCGCGGCGAGCCCCGCGGCCGCGCGUCACCCGCUUGGCGCGAGGCGCCGCCUCGGAGGUCGAGGGGCCGUGGCCGUGGCAGCGCAGGUGGAGGCAUCGACGCUCUCGGCGAGGAGUUCAAAGGCCCGCACCACGGCGAUCAAGGACGGCGACUGGUACACGGCGAAGUGGAUGGCCCUCAUCCCUACCGACGCUCAGCCCAGCGCUGCCUCUCGCGACGAGGAGGCGGCAGCGCGUCGGGUGGCCCACGCGAAGUUGAAGUGCGAGGAGCUCCGCGAGAAGCUGCUCGCCAAUAAGCCGCGUUUCUUUGGGCUCGGCCGGGAGGAGUCGCCGGGGCGGGCGUCUCCUCCUGCAGGCCACCUGCGGGCUCCCUCGCCCCGCACUGUUGUUGGAGGGAGUCCGGCGUCCCUGAGCAUGAUUGCGACGAGCGGUCGCGAGGCGGGGCCCAGUCCAGUCAGAAAGGUGCUAGCGGCUGCCGUGGGCAACGGGCGUUCUCCGGCGAGCCUCAGAGCGAAGGGCGUCAGCCGCAGCCCGUCGACCUCUCGCGCAGCAGCGGGCGCGACGGGCAGCCAGUCGAGAGAGGUGCGGCUGGGCGAGGGCACCCCCCAGAUUCCCACGUUCAAGGAGCUGAGGGCAGCGAACGCCCGAGGGCCCCAGGAGACAAAGAGUGCGUACAAGGCGCGGCUGAUGACCAUCUUGCAGCGCGCCAAGUCCAAGAGUUUGCAGAGCUCACCCCUAGCGACGGAGGCCCUCCUCAAGCGCGGAGAACCGCUUCGUGACCGGGGGGCUCUCGUGGACAAGGGCUGCCAUGAUGCCAUCGAGUGGGCCAUCAUUGCGGGGCUCAACUUUGAAGCUGAGGGGCGCGCGGCAGGCGCGCCUCGGGCCUGGCCUCAGAUCGCGUCUCAGGUGCAGCAAGUGGCGCUUGUCAAUAUCAGCUGCGCGGCCGCCUACUUCGCGAAGGACGCGCUGGAGCCGCUGAGCGACCUGGACAUCGACAAGCUGAUCAAGACGAAGGGGAUCGGCUACAGCGGGCAGGAGCUACUACCAGGGCUGCCCAAGCCGGGGUUGGCUGGUUCCGUGCAGGCCUUGGAUCUCGCGGCUCCGCAUGUGCAGGAGUCGUUGUUGGACCCCACGCGGCUCCUCAAGCCUCAGGACAAAUGGCCAGAGGAGGUCCCGAAGGCCAGCGUGCAAGUGGCCAGCGACGAUGAGUGGUACGCCCUGUGCAAGCACUUGAUCGAGGCAGGCAUCUUCGAGCCUGUCGAGGACCGGGGGAUCUGCCAGGUCGGGGGGAAGCAGGUGUUUGCGGGGGCCUUUGCAGUUGCGAAGUCGGGGGCCCCGACGCCGCCCUUCACAAGGGUCACCAGGCUCAUCAUCAACAUGGUGCCGCAGAAUGCCUACCAGCGGAUUGCUGAGACCGACCUGGACACGCUGACCCCCAGCUCGACGUGGGCGUCCAUCGUCGUGCCUGAUGGCCAGGCCUUGUUGUGGUCGUCGGACGACCAGUCGGGGGCGUUUCAUCUGCACGCGCUACCGAGGGCCUGGCGGGGGUACACGGCGUUGCGCAAGCCGGUGCCUGGGUCGCUGGAGGGGCGGCCGCAGCUCAAGUGGGUCAAGAUGGCGGUCGCGGUGACCCCGAUGGGCUGGCUGUCUGCUGUGAGCCUGUUCCAGCACCUGCAUCGACGGCUAGGCAUCGGUGAUGGGCCUCGCAGCGCGGGGUUCGACAAGAAGGUGGAGCGGCGGCGUGACCGCCCGCUGCCGCUUGUGCCUCAAGCCAAGGCCCAGGCGCGGGUGCAGCACUACCUGGACGACUUCGAUUCCCCCGAGAUCGUGCCCGAGAGCGUCGCCACCCUCAUCGAGGGGACCAUCAGCGACUUUCAGGAGCGCCAGCGGAGGGCGUACUCCUCUGCCCGCGUCCCCUGGUCGGACAAGAAGGCGGUGUGUCGCCAGCGUCGUCUCGUCAGGAUGGGCGCCCUCGUGGACGGGGACGCCGGCCGCGUGGGGGUCACGAUUGACAACCUGAUGGGAAUUGGGCAGAUGAUCAUGUGGCUGCUUGCUGGCAAGGAGAAGGUGACCGCCAAGGCCUGCCUCAUGGUGCUUGGGCGGCUGGCCCGAGCGUUUGAGUUUCGCAGGCCGCUCUUCGCGACGCUCAACGAGGCACGGCAGGACGUCCGCCUGCCCGAGGGGGCGCGCACCGAGCUGCUGGCCGCCCUGUGCCUGCUGCCGAUGGCGUUCACCAGCAUCCGCGCGACCUUCGACCCCGUCGUCCUCGCCACCGACGCCAGCGAGGAAGGCGGCGGGCUGUGCUACUCGACGGGCCUCACCAAGCAUGGAGCGGAGGUGGCGGGCGCCGACCCUGGUGAGGAGGGGCUCGCCUUCCUGUCUCGGGGCGCUAUGUCAUCAGUGGUGCCGCCGGAGCUGCUGCCUCGAGGGGUGCCCUUGCCGACAGUGGCGCUCUUCGACUUCUUCGGUGGGAUCGGCGCGGCGAUGGGUCGUCAUGCACGCUUCCUCGGAGAUAGACAAUGUGGCAAAGAGGUGCGUCAGGCAGCGAUGGCCAGGGGUGAUCGAGCUGGAGACAUCACCAAGCUCGCCCCAGAAUCGUUGGAGAAGGUCGCCCGCUCUGCAGCUGAGGUGGCGAGCUGCGCGAUUGCAGGUGGUGGCUCACCGUGUAUUCACGUGAGCGGGCUCAAUGCAGCUGGCAAGGGGAUCGCUGGUGCGAAAAGCAAGCUGUUCUUCGAGCUGCCCAAGGCCUUCAGUACCAUCGAGCGGGUCUUCGGCAAGCGGCGCACCAAACGGUUCGUCGAGAACGUGGCGGGCAUGCCGCAGGACGACAUUGCGAUGGUCACCGAGGUGCUGGGCGUCAAGCCGUACCGCAUCGAGGCCAUGGAUGCGGGUGCGGUGCGUAGGCCGCGCCUGUACUGGCUCUCCUGGCAGCUGCAGGCCCGCGACGAUGUGAUCGAGAUCCAGGAGGCUGAGUUCUACUACAAGGUGAAGCUCCAUGUCGCUGCUGAGGCCGCCCCAGCCUGGGCUGAGGACGGCUGGAGCCUGCUUGACCCUAGUCACGUGCUGCCGACCUUCGCUCAGCUGUACAAGAGGAGCUCCCCCCAGCUCCGCUAUGUGACGCAGGUGUGCAAUUUUGAGGAUCAGAACCUUCUCUGGAACGCGGCCAGGGACAAGUGGCGUAUCCCCUCAGCUGGUGAGCGUGAGACGCUGAUGGGCUUUGAUCGAGGAUGCACACGCGCUGCUGUGAAGGACUCUUUGCCUGGAGUUGAGGCAGAAAUCUUCAGGUCGUCGCUCAUCGGGAACUCGUUCUCCGUGCAGGUCGUGUCGUACUUGUUUGCGCAGCUCUUGGCUCGAGUGGCUGGCCGUGCGGCCCCCGACAUCGCGCCGCUGCUCCACGCGGGGGCGGCGCCGCCUUCGCGGGGCCAGGAGCCCGAGUUUGGGGGCGCCGAGGUGAGCGAUCCUGACCUCGAGAGGCGGCUGGUGUUCAAGUACCUGCGGAUCGCCAGCAGAGGAGGUGCAGACGUCAGGCUAGACCUGCAGGCCCCCUUUCGUGCCAAGGCCUGGCCGCGCUCCGGGCUGCAGUCCAACCUGUGGACGCGGUCCAUUGGGCACGGCUUCCAGCGGAAGCAGGAGGCGCACAUCAACGAGCUGGAGGUGGGCGCGGCUGUGAAUGCGGUCAAGUGGCGUGCCCGAACGACGGCUCGGUUCGGGACCCGCUACCUCCACCUCCUCGACUCGCAGGUGGCGGCCAGCGCGCUCGCCAAGGGGCGGUCCAGCGCCAGGAGACUCUGGGGCUAG